GGAUAGCUAUAUUCAGCUAUUGAUGUAAUUCGUUGCAUGAGAUUUGAUACGAUGAAUAUCUUCGUGGGUACGAUUUUGUUGUUUCUCUAUCUGGAGGAAUUUUAUGUUCAUCCGGCUGAAAUCAUUCUCAAAAACAAUGGCUACGAGAACGUGCUGGUUGCUAUAUCGGAUGCUGUGCAGGAAGACUCCCGGAUAAUUGAGAGAAUAAAGGCGAUAUUUACCGAGGGGUCCAGUAACAUGUUCCGAGCUACUCGCUACAGGGCCUAUUUCCGCAGCAUUACCAUUCUUGUGCCAGCUACGUGGAUGAGAAAACCGGAGUAUGAAGCACCAAGCAAUGAUGAGACCUUCACAAAAGCUGCCAUCCGCGUUGACCAACGAAACCCUAAAAAAGGGGACGUCCCGUAUACCAUGCAGUAUGCCUUGUGUGGCGAGCAGGCUAAGUACAUCCACCUGACGCGCAGGUUCCUCACCGAUGUAGAAUUCGCUACAAAGAAGUUUGGCCCGCCAGGUAAAACUCUUGUCCACGAAUGGGGCCAUUUCCGCUGGGGUUUGUUUGACGAAUACCCUACUUCAACCCACUACUAUAUUGAAGACGGAGAGUACCACGAAACUCAAUGUCCCGGCAGCAUUCCCGGUCAGCAGAGGGACAAGGUGACGAAAGGAAUUUGCAAGAUUGGGCAGACAGGUCUUCCGGACAAGAAUUGCCGCUUCGAACCGGAUUUGAAUCAAAAUGUCACUACGGCGUCAUACAUGUACUUGCCGUUUAUAGAGAAAAUUGACGAUUUCUGUGAUGAUGGUACCCUCGGGGAUGACAGUAUUGUACACAAUAAGAAGGCUCCAAAUGAACAGAAUUCAAAAUGCAAUGGCAAGAGCGCUUGGGAGGUGAUGCGGCAGAGCGUCGACUUCAAAAACAACAAUAAUCCUACAAAUGCUAGAAGGGGGUUGAACACCAACCCUAGCUUCAGACUAAUUCAGGCUGGUAACUUUACGAAGGUCGUUCUUUUGUUUGAUGUAUCAGGAAGUAUGGCGGGAACGCCCAUAAUAAUGAUGCAGCAAGCAGCAAACAACUUCAUUCAGAAUAUUAUCAAGAACGGCAGUUACGUUGGCAUCGUGAUAUUUUCAAAUACAGCAAGGACCAGUCUGGAGAUGACUAGGAUACAGAGUCGGGCAGACAAACUGAAGGUGGCAAGUUACAUUCCAAAAACGACGAAUGGAGGAACAGCAAUUGGAACUGGAAUGCAACAUGCUAUGAAUGUUCUAACAUCGACAUCUGCUGGUAGAGCUUGGGCUAAGGGUGCUAGUGUCAUCCUAAUGACUGAUGGCCAGAAUACUGCUGGUGUAAACCCAUUGUCUAUGGUCCCCGUGGCCAUGGAAUUGGGAGUAACCUUCCAUACCAUCGGAUACAGUAAAGCAUCUGAUCCAGUCCUCGUAGAAAUAGCCAAAAGUACGGGCGGGCAGCCCUUCUUCUCUACGAGCAGUGCCACAUCAGCAGAUCUCUUCACUGCAAUGUCUUCAAUUGCUGACAUCACAAGCAGAGAAUCCACGUGGACAGCCAGUUCUUCGGUGUCGGUGGCGAGUGUUGCAAACAAUGUGGAAAAGACGAAGGGACUGCAAGGUAACUUUGCUAUUGACUUCACUAUUGGCAAGGACACGACCAUCACAUUCAACUACUUGUCUAAAAGUGCUGUGGUCGAGGCUCGUAUUGAGGCACCCGAUGGGUCUGUCAUCGACAAGAGCGACAUCGCAAAUUAUCGAGAGGACAGGGAUAAUCAGAUCAUUCAGAUUGACAUUCCUGGAACUGCAUUGAAAGGUAAAUGGGAAUACACAGUAAACUCAAACCUUAACACGCCUUGCUUGGUUAACGUACUCUCGAAGCCAAUUAGCGUAGGGGAGGAUACGGGCCCAAUCAUUGUUAAUUCUUGGUUCGGAGGCGACAACAAUACCCUAGCAUCUGGUCCAGCCGCACAAACGUCUAUAUUUGCUCAGGUGUCCAGAGGUUACAGCACCGUCAUUGGCUUAAAUGUUACUGCAGCAAUAUCAGGUCGUACACGUGCCGGGCGGUUGCAAACAGUUCAUGUGGGUCUACAAGACAAGGGCUUUGGUAUUGACCUUGAAGCCAGUGAUGGCGUCUAUUCAGUUGAGUUCGGAAGGUCCUUGCUUAAUGCCGAGGGUCGCCACAGUGUCACCGUCCUAGUUGAUAAUCCUGAGAACACGGGGAAGAUUGCCAAGUUCAGCAAGGCGUCUAGUGCACCCAUCAUAGGAACAGGAUCCGAUGAACCUGUGGCCACGUACCAAACAGUUGGGCCAAUACAGCGCGUUGCGAGCGCUGGUGAACUGAGAGUCGAGCGCCCAUCUUCCCCAACUCUAGUGGAUGUCCUACCCCCACCAAGGAUAAGAGACCUGCAACUUGUCUUCCUUGAUACCGCAAAGGUCGAGGUGACUCUGAACUGGACUGCUGUUGGCGACGACGUCAGCCAAAGUGUCAACACAACCUAUGACCUCCGCAUUGGAACCUUCGAAGAGAUCAGUGAACGAUUUGAGAACUGCUCUCGAAUCCACUUGGAAGGAACCCCGAAGAAUGCUGGUGAAGAAGAGAAGCAUAAAAUUAACAUGGCAGACUACAACAAGAAAGCUACGUUCUUCUUAGCCAUCCGUGCCAUAGAUGAAGUGGGAAACGAGGGCGAUCCUUCAAACAUCAUCAGCAUUUCUAUGACUCUUCCAACCAAGUUUUCAAAUGGCGAUGAAAUUGUAACCGAGUCUGAAACCAGUUCCACGAACCUUCCAGACAACAUUUCGGAUGCUAUUGCAACCGAGUCUCCAAAUUUGCUGAUCGUACCUUUUGGUUUGGCUGCUCUUGAAACCAUUCUCAUUGUUGUGGUCAUUGGCAUUGUCUAUCACAUCAAGAAGAACAAAACAUCUCCACCACAUCGUAUAGAAUGUGUCUAGCAAUCAACACACAGGUCAGGAAAAAACAGUCUCAAACUCAUCGAAAGUUGUUAUAUGUAGGGUGUUAUAUGUAGGGCAGGGUUGAGAAUUACCUUUUACCUAAAAUACGGCUUUCAACGUUGGAGACCUUGCAUUAGACAUUAAAGAUCAAAUGCAUCCAUCCGUGUCAUUCCGGAUUCAAAUGACAAUAGAUAAGACAGCCGAUUCGCAUGCGUUUUUAUUUGUUAUGGUGUAUUAGCAAAGAAAUGCUAUUUCAUAUUGGUCGAUCAGUACUCGUAGGAUAUAAUAUAUUGGAUUGCGUUGAUGUUUUCAAGGCUAGCUUUUUCUAAAAAUGAUGUCUGGAGAUUAACAAAAAUAAAACAUUACAAAGUUACGACUUUUAGGGACACCCGAUAUAAUUAUGUUUGUUCCCGCGCAUUCUACCUUCGUCGCUUAGGCUUUAUCUUUACCGGAAGUUCUGACAGCAAAUUUACAGAAAACUUCUCUUAUGCCAUUCGACGUCGCCAUGUAAUCAAUCCGCGUCACCACCGCAUGACGAUUGUGACGAGGUCGUGCAAGUGGUAGAUUGAAUCGGCCAAAAUGAUUCUCCUCAAAAUAAUCUUACAUUUCGAUAUUUGUGCUCUCUUUUCUCCAUUAUAUCGUUUUUAUAUUGUUCUACAGGGCACCCUGAUUAAACAAACUUUAGGUCUUAGUAGAAGAUGCCGGACGACAUACCUGUUAAGAGCCUUGGGCAUCCCAAAUACAUCGGACCUAUUACUACAAAGACAAUGUAACCUGUUUAGACGCAUGGUGCGCGGUGAAUCUACUUGCUCAAGCUUUUAUCGGACCCUUCUGUCCAGAUCUAUUUUAACUGGUGCUGCCUGCCCCGGAACGUUGCUGGGGCGUAUUCUAAAAGCAGGUGUUUCCCCAGUGGACAUUUUAUUUAACAGGGGUGGGGAGGAGAGAGCGGGAGAGCCCGCGCCCAUGUCUGACGGAGUCGUGGACUCUCUUCGAUCUCUCCUCCGCUCCCCUACUUACAAUAAUGGGGGCACUGAGUUGACCCUGACCAGGCUCUUACUGAAGAGUUUUUAAAUUUCAUUAUAUAUCUUUUAUGUAUAUGGCGCUGACCAGGCCUUUGCUCAAGUGAUUUACUAUAGUAUGUACUGAUAAGUUAAACUACUAUACUGUCUUUGAAUGUACUUGUAUAUUUCUUUUCCACAAUUAUGGGGGUGCAAUAAAUAUUAUUAUUAUUAUUAUUGUUGAAUGAGCUGAUAAACAAUGUUUGUAGCUGAUUUUAUCGUUUGAAUAACAUUUUUCGAAAAAGCUUUUUGAAUAGAAGUCAAGAGAAAUCGUUUUUGGCGCCAAUGGUGGAUUUGCACUGGAGUUCAAGUCGAUUCUCUUCAAGAAUCGAUUCGAAGAUGCGAGUGUAUUCUAUGGUCAUUUUUUUACUCGGCUUUGCAGCAUAUUGUAAAGAUUGGAUAACUUUGACUGUGCCAUGGCUGCCUCUUGAGUAGGUGGAUGAAUUCUGUUAUAUAAUAAGUAACUUUGAUUUAUAUUUACCGAUAAGUAAUUGUGCGAUUGUAAACUCUUGGUGGUCCUAAACGGAACUUGACAUUUUCUCAACGAACCCAAUCUACUCACACCCACACUUAGCAUAAAUAAUGAAAUCUUGAUUAGGAGUUUUUUAGUGUUAAAGAUAAGGCCGGUGUAAUGUUUUUGAGUGUUUCUGUUUUUGAGUGUUUCCCCUCAUUGUUUGGGAACGCUAGGAAAAAUAGAUUGACAAGUUUUUCUGUGUAUCCCCCUAUUGAAAAGUCGUGGUCUCUCUAGCUGCCUAUUGUUUGGAAACACUGACACAUGGGGAACAACCACAGAUGUUACACCGGGUCUAUUUGGCAAGCCGCUCGCCGAACAGGCAUCUUCGCUCCAGAAUUCAAAUAUUUGAGCCCGUUAGGACGGGCUCUGUAUGAAUCUCGACUCUCAGGAGACGUUUUGUAGUCAUCCGAUCUUAACUGACGGAGGAGUUACAUUACAAAUAUUACACCUCCAAGUCUAUUAUAGUAGUGAUGAUGCAGUAACUGUAGUUUUUGUAAUUCCUCUUCAUGAAACAAUUAAAGGUGUAUAAAUUCCCCUGACAGAGCACGCUCAUUAAGUAUUAUUUAUCAAGACAUGUACUAUGUAUAUAUUAAUACUAGAACUGGUAACAGUCUCUUGUGUACCACCGCCUUAACUGCUAGAUGGAAUCGCCUACUUUUUCGCAUGCGCAUGUAGAUUUUACCCGUGAAGCCAUUCAGCUUUGUCUCCAAUCCAUAUUUUCAGCGCGAAAUGUGGUUUUGUAUGUUUUUUCGUAUAAAUAACUUGCCAGGUUAACAGGCUAAAGUGGCCAGGCUAAAGGGCGGUGAUGCCAUCUAAACCCGCCCCCCUCGGAACAUGUCCUACUCGUGGUCUUUAAA